AUGUUAAGGAGAAAAAUGCUUUUAUCAUUGACAACACUGGUGUGCGUAGCAAACGCAAUAGUUCAAAAUGCAGCUACAGGCAAUGAAAUUGACUCAUCACCGAAAAAAUCACAGACGAGUACUGGAGGGCCCUUGUAUCCUAAAGCAACAGAAACAAGAGACUUACGGACACUAGACGGGAUAUGGAACUUCAGAAAAUCACCAGCUGAUCCUGAGACUGGCUACAGAGCCGGCUGGUUCGAGCAGGAUCUCGACAAGACUGGUCCUGUACUCCAAAUGCCGGUGCCCUCGUCGUACAAUGACGUUGGUGAGGAUGUUUCUCUGCGUGACCACGUAGGAGUAGUCUGGUAUGAUCGGCGGUUCUUCGUGCCCUCGUGGUGGGGCACUACUGGACAACGAGUGUGGCUGCGAUUCAGCAGCGUACACUAUGCGACUGAAGUGUUUAUAAACGGCAAAUCGGUGAUGUACCAUGAGAUUGGUCACUUACCUUUCGAGGCUGAAAUCACAGACUUCGUAAAUUUCAAUAGCAGUAACCUGCUCACAGUAGUGGUUGACAACACGUUGCUUAGCGACACUGUGCCUCAAGGAGUUAUCAAGAACGUUUAUGUUGGACCAAACAAAAUUCGUCAAGAACAACAGUAUACGUUUGACUUCUACAACUAUGCUGGCAUUCACCGCACUGUGUUCCUCUACUCUACGCCUCAAGUUUACAUUGAUGACGUCAUCGUCAACACUGACAUACAGGGACAUACAGGUUUUGUAGUAUACAACGUAACACAGAAAGGUGCAGCUUCAGACAAAGUUCACUGCUUAAUACAAUUAUUUGACAAGAAUGGUACCCAAGUGGCAGCAUUCAACGAAUGCGCUGGACUACUGGAGAUCGGGAACGCCAACUUCUGGUGGCCUUACCUAAUGCACCCCAACCCUGGAUACUUGUAUACCAUGAAGGCAUCGUUAAUCGGUCCUCAAGGUGACACCCUGGACACUUACUCCCAGAAGAUCGGCAUCAGGACAGUCACGUGGUCAAACACUACCAUUUAUUUGAAUGAAAAACCCCUCUACUUGAAAGGGUUCGGCAUGCAUGAAGAUUCUGAUUUAAGAGGUAAAGGCUGGGACCCCGUACUAUGGGUGAAGAACUUCAACCUCAUCAAAUGGUUGGGUGCCAAUGCGUUCCGAACAUCUCAUUACCCAUACGCUGAAGAAAUCUACCAGCUCGCUGAUGAAUACGGCAUCAUGAUCAUUGAUGAGUGCCCCAGCGUUGAUACUGAUGGAUUCUCUGAUACGUUGUUGGCAAAACACAAGCAAUCAUUGACAGAACUGAUCAGACGUGACAAGAAUCAUCCCAGUGUGAUCAUGUGGUCCAUUUCUAACGAACCAAGGUCCGCCAACAAAUUGGCUGACAGAUAUUUCGGGGAAGUGGUACGUCACGUCAAGUCUAUGGAUCUCUCUCGGCCCGUCACUAUCGCUAUUUCUGCCGGCGCUUCUACUGAUAAAUCUGGUCGUCAUUUGGACGUGAUCAGCUUCAACCGCUAUAACGGAUGGUACGCGAACCCCGGCCAGACGGCGCAGAUCACCAGCAACGUGGUGGAGGAAGCCACCAACUGGCACCGCAUACAUAACAAGCCCGUCAUCAUGACUGAAUAUGGAGCUGAUACUAUUGCGGGACUGCACUUGUACCCUGAGUACAUCUGGUCGGAGGAGUACCAAUGUUUGCUGAUCUCAGAACACUUCAAGGCAUUUGAUCUCCUACGGAAGGCUGGAUUCUUCGCUGGAGAGUUCAUAUGGAACUUUGCCGACUUCAAAACACCGCAAUCUAUAACACGGGUGGGUGGCAACAAAAAGGGUAUUUUCACGCGCAGUCGGCAGCCCAAAGCGGCCGCCCACCACUUGAGGUCGCGGUACCACGCGCUCGCAACAUCAGACUAUGGCGUCGUACUUCCAGAGACAACGUACUACAUCAGCGACGCACAGCCAGCCAAGCACGAAGAGCUUUAA